ACGGAGCUCCCCUCCAACGCCACGCCCCCAAAUCUCCCCUCCGCCCACCCAUUGACGCCGCAAAAGGGCAUCGCCGGCCUCGAUCACCCGCAAUGCCCGUCCCUCUGGCGCGAUACGCCGGCCACGCCGCCAAACGCCUGUGCCAGGCGCCUCGACCGACCGUGGCCAGCAGCGCACCGCGCCUCCAGCCCUUUGCCCGCGCCCUCUCGACCUCGCGCCCCCGCCACUAUGCCGAUGUGCAGCACGAGCAGAGCGCGAAGCUCAUCCCGACCGAUGCCGACUUCUCCGGCCCCAUCGACCCAGAGCGCAAGGGCGUCUUGGGCCACGGCCACGACGACGACGUGUCUGGCACCUCGGGCAAGAAGAUCAGACACUACACGGUCAACUUCGGGCCCCAGCAUCCCGCUGCCCACGGCGUGUUGCGACUGAUUCUGGAGCUCAACGGCGAGGAGAUCGUGCGUGCCGACCCCCACGUCGGCCUGCUGCACCGCGGCACCGAGAAGCUGAUCGAGUACCGGACGUACCUGCAAGCGCUGCCGUACUUCGACCGUCUCGACUAUGUCUCCAUGAUGACCAACGAGCAGUGCUUCUCGCUCGCCGUCGAGAAGCUGCUGAACAUCGAGGUUCCCGAGCGAGCCAAGUAUAUCAGGACCCUAUUCGGAGAGAUCACCCGCAUCAAGAACCACAUCAUGUCCGUCACCACGCACGCUAUGGAUGUCGGUGCUUUGACUCCAUUCCUGUGGGCUUUCGAGGAGCGUGAGAAGCUUAUGGAGUUCUACGAACGUGUAUCUGGUGCCCGUAUGCACGCAGCCUACGUACGUCCUGGCGGCGUCUCGCAGGAUCUGCCCAUCGGUCUCCUCGAUGAUAUCUACCAGUGGGCGACUCAGUUCGGUGACCGUCUCGACGAGACCGAGGAGAUGUUGACGGACAACCGUAUCUGGAUCGGCCGAACCAAGGGUGUUGGUGUCGUCUCAGCAGCAGACGCCAUCAACUACUCCUUCACCGGGCCUAUGCUCCGCGGCUCAGGAGUUCCGUGGGACAUCCGCAAGUCGCAACCGUACGACGCGUACGACAAGGUCGAAUUUGACGUGCCCGUCGGCGUCAACGGCGACUGCUACGACCGCUACCUCUGCCGCAUGGAGGAGUUCCGCCAGUCGCUCCGCAUCAUCGUUCAGUGCCUCAACGACAUGCCUGCUGGCCCCGUCAAGGUCGAGGAUUACAAGAUCGCACCGCCCCCGCGUGCUGCCAUGAAGGAGAACAUGGAGGCGCUCAUCCACCACUUCCUGCUCUACAGCAAGGGCUACAGCGUCCCGCCUGGCGAGACUUACAGCGCCAUUGAGGCGCCCAAGGGCGAGAUGGGUGUGUUCCUCGUCUCGGAUGGCAGUGAGAGGCCGUACAGGUGUAAGAUUAGGGCACCUGGAUUUGCACAUCUGGCCUGCAUGGACCAGAUCUCAAGAGGUCACUUGCUUGCAGAUGCCGUCGCGAUUAUCGGAACCAUGGAUCUCGUUUUUGGAGAGGUUGACAGAUAGUGGAGAGAGUUAAGAGGGUGAAAGAGAAAGAGAAAGAGAAGUGAAAUGGGAGGUCAAGUAGGCCAUUUGUACAUACUGUACUCAUCUUUUCUUUGGGAGUCAAUUUAUAGUUCAAGGUCGCUUUCAAUUUGCCCCACACAUCACACAUGCCUCCUCUCAUAUCAACUUGAAGACCUGAUAUCGGUGGGACACAUGGGGUGGCCGGCUCGGAUUGUGGUUUUGGGGUGAGUUGAGGAACUACGACCUGAUACUGUUUCGGUAGAUUUGGUGAUCGGCGAAGUGGUUCGCUAGAUGAUUGAGUUGAGAUAGACGAGCGCAUGAGAGCCCCACGCUCCCAAAACCAAGGAUUGUGCACGCGUCGAAAAGCAAACGUGCUCAUUCUUACCGAU